UUUCAAAUUAUUUUACUCAACAGGAAAAAUAAGAUACCAAAACCACGGCACUCACCACCAUGUGCCUCAAAUCUCCGCCAUUUAUCUCAGUUGCCACCACCUUUUUCUUAUUGGUCUUUUACUGAAAACUUGCUGAAAUUCUGCAAAUCGCCUUCUGUUUACUCCCUCACCUCCUUGCGUGUUUCUAAAUGAAUCGUCUUCUCUUUCUUCUUCUUUUCGCUCUCUCUAUCUUCUCGGAGGCGCAAUCGACGACGUUUAAGAUAGUGAAUAAGUGCCGCCACACAGUAUGGCCCGGAAUACUAACUGGCGCCGACAGGCCAGUGCUCAAUCCUACUGGUUUCGUUCUCAAGAGCGGCAAAUCAAGGACUCUCCAAGUACCCAGGUCCUGGUCGGGUCGGCUUUGGGGAAGGACCCACUGUUCUGGUGAUCCCGCAUCCGGGAAAUUCACUUGCGCUACAGCUGACUGUGGCUCCGGCGAGGUGGAGUGUGCCGGCGCUGGCGCCAUACCUCCCGCCACGCUUGCGGAAUUCACUCUCAACGGUGACCAAGGUCUCGACUUUUAUGAUGUCAGCCUCGUCGAUGGGUACAACGUGCCUAUGCUGAUUGUGGCCAAGGGAGGUACAAGAGGGGGAUGCAGCGCUACUGGGUGCCUGAUAGAUCUGAACGGCGCCUGUCCGAGGGAGCUCAGUGUGUUCCGUGCGAAUGGGAGCCGGACCCACGGCGUCGCGUGCAAGAGCGCGUGCGAGGCUUUUGGUGAUCCGGCCUACUGCUGCAGCGAGGCAUACAAUACGCCGGAUACUUGUCAACCCUCAGCCUACUCGCUCUACUUUAAGCACGCAUGCCCCCGCUCGUACAGCUACGCCUAUGAUGAUAAGACCAGCACGUUCACCUGUGCCUCCGCGGACUACUUUAUCAUCUUCUGCCCACUGCCAUACACCAGCCAGAAAUUACUGGGCGCACACAAGGACACUGCAGAGUUGCCCCUGGUUAACAAAACUAUGAUGUACAUUGGAAGGCACCGUACAGGCUGAUUACCUAUUACUGUUGGUGAAGAGAAAAAUGCAUUCGACGAGUCUCAAAGCUGUACUAGCUUGCAUUUACCCCCUGCAACUUGGGUUUAAUUGUUCGAACUUCAGCCUGAGGAUGACAAAUGGCCCCGGUUAUUUCUGUAUAUUAGCUUCCAGCUUUCUCUACUUCAGUUCCACUAGCUCAUUAGAUAUGCUGCCGCUCUUUUUCUUAGUUAUAGUUGUAAGUAGACACAUCGGUUUUGCAUGUGGUUGUGGAAAAUGGGAAAGCAUAUGUUAUUAAGCUGUUGGAUUCCCUCAAAAGGAAAAAGAAAAACGUAAAAAUUUCUCUAGUAUGUGCAGUUUUCAUUGGAUAAAACUAGAAAUUAGUCAUUUUGGUUGCAUUAUUGAAAGAACCUCAUAAUCCAAUUGUGCUGCCAAAAGGGAAAUUAUUCAUUUUGUCCUUAUUUGUCUCA